AUGGGGGGCUCGACGAACGUGAAGGAAUGGUGGCCUGCCGUAUUCAUGGUGUUGGUCCAAAUUUUCACGACAGGGUUGGUGUUGCUCACGAAAGUGGUGGUGGACAGUGGGUCACUUGCUUGGACCUUGCUCACAUACCGCUUCUUCCUUGGCGCCAUCUUGACCGUCCCCUUGGCGAUGUUCUUUGAGAAAGGGAGGUUGAAGGAGCUUAAAUUGAAGGCAUUCAUAUGGAUUUUCACCAGUGCACUUGUGGGAUUCACAAUUCCUGGUCUCUACUACAUUGGCCUCGGAGACACAUCGCCAGGAUACGCGAUAAACUUCUAUAACAUCAUCCCAAUUGCCACCUUCAUCCUCGCGGUCCUUUUCAGGAAGGAGUCACUGGACAUGAGGAGCCUGGUGGGGAACAUCAAGGUCAUUGGAACCCUAGUCUGUGUUGGAGGAACUCUGGUGAUCAGCCUGUACAAGGGCAAGGUGCUGCACCUUUGGCCCACCAAUAUCAUCGGCUACCACCCGAAGCAAGCCGGAGCUGCGUUUGGUCACCACCAUGUGCGUGGAACCGUCUUGCUCAUCACCAGCUGCCUCAGCCUCGCCGUUUGGUACACAGUACAGGCUCAGAUGCUAAAAGUGUUCCCAUACAAGUACUGA